UUCUCUCGCACUGAGAGCGGUGAUGUAACAGUGCGACCAAUGAGAAGCGAGAAGGCGUGGCCAGCUUGUUGUGCUGAAUAUGGGGGUGAAGCUGGAGGUUUUCAGGAUGGCUCUGUAUUUGUCAUUUCCAGUCUCCAUGUUUUGGAUCUCUAACCAGGCAGAGUAUUUUGAAGAGUAUGUUGUGAAGCGUAAGAGACAAUUAUUUCCCCCAGAGCGGGAAACGAGAAAAGAAUUUGAAGAUCAACGUGAACAUUUCAGAAAACAGAGAGAUGAAAUGAUGGAACAAAUGAAAUAGAUCUAUUGGUUAUUAUAUUCCCUUUUUCAACAGAAAUUAUUGCCCAUUUUACAACAUGUAAAUUGUUAUUUUUUUGUACAAAUAUAAAUUGAGAUG